CAAAUACUGCAACCUGUUGAGCGCCUCGGUGCAAACCAUCCUUCGCUGUGUCCCAAGCCCUUUCCCGCCACUCAUAAGCACCACAGCCUUCUCGCCGCCAUCAUAUGUAGAAAAGCCUGUUUGAGGGGUGGGGAGAGCAGCAGGGCGGCCGGAAGCGCGUGCUGACCGCCAGCGUGCCAUACCGACACUCGGUGCCGUCCCUCGCCCGUGACAUUUGCGUCACUGGUAUGGAGUUCUCGGUGUCUGACUGGCUGCGUGCCGAUCAGGCCGCUGGCCCCAAUGCGCCGCACGUGGCCAUGAGCAUGCCGCACCAGGUGUUCUGCUGGUCGCGGCAGAGCGAGGCGGAGGGCGGGCAGUACCUGUACGGCGAUGCAGGGGCGCUGCGCACGCUGCGGCCGGACGUGGACACGGGCCUGGCGGGCGCGGACCUCAACGUUGGCUACCCGGAGGCCUGGGUGCGCAAGUCCGACCCUGACGACGCGGUGCCGGUGGAGGUGAUUGUGUACGGCGCGCAGUACGGCGGCGUGCCCAUGGACAGGACCAGCGUGGUCACCUUCAGGAACAACCUGAACAAGCUGUUGCUGACUCCGCUGCAGCCCAAGGACCCCUGGGUCAUAGACGCCGUGUGGUGUGGCUCCUGCCUAUACCUGGACAUCGUCAAGCGGCCGGGGCAGCAGCAGCACACACCCGGCACCGACCCCGACAGGUUCACCUACUACGGGUACAAGUUCGAGGCCCUGGCAACGGAGGCGCCGGACCAGCAGUCCGGCGGUGUGGUGGACUCCACCGGCGAGUUCGCAAUCAUGGUGCAGAUGCGUCUGGGCCGGCACUGUGUGACCAUGGCUGCUGAGACUGACGCCUGGGACCCUCCGCCGCCGGGACUGGCGGUGCCCGAGGACGGCAGCGCAGACUAUGUGGGAUAUGUGGAGCUCAAAACUUUUGUGAUUCCGUUGGGCGAACGCGCGCACGAACGGCUGUUGCGAGACAAGUACCCGCGCUGGUGGCUGCAGUCCUACCUUGCGGGAGUGCCCACAUUGGUGCUGGGCGGCCGGGACCGAGGCGGCGUGAUCACGGAGGUGUCGCGCCUGCCUGUCACACGGCUGCCUGCCAUGGCGGCGGAGGCCGGCGUGCCCUUCGACGCGGCCCGCAUGCUGCGCUUCGGCGACGCAGCCCUGGACCGCAUGUGUGAGGCGGCGGCGUCGCGGCCUGGCGAGCACUGGCGUUUCGAGUACGACCCGGCGCGAUGCGUCAUCACGGGAGCCGUGGUGCCGGAGGGGAAGCUGCCGGAGCGUGUCAUGCUGGCACUUUCGGGGGGUGGGGGAGAUGGAGGGGAUGGGGGCGGGGGAGAGGUGGAGGCAGGUGGGGCGGGCGGCGAGGAGGGGGGCGGCGAGGAGGGGGAUGGGCAGCAUGAGGGGCAGCACGAGGGCGGUGGCGGGGGUGAGUACGACGAGGACGAGGGGUAUUAGGCGGAGUGGCGGACGAAGCGGCGGCGGAGGGGAACCGUACUAGGCGGAGGAGGAGGAGGAGGAGGAGGAGGGGGAGGGGGAGGGGGAGGAGCAGGAGGUGAGGAGCUGGUUGCGAGGGAGGAGAAGUCCUGGCUCCGAGUUGGACUUGACGUGGACGGCUUGGACUCUGGCGGCGGUUGUGUGCGGAGGUGGGUACACGUGGGAAUGGACGGACAGCUGCCGACAUGCCAAGGCGCGAUCAACUUGCUUUCAACUUUUUGUAAAGCGAGGCGUUUCGGGAACAAGUCGCAAGACUGUUGCGUGACUUGACGUAGACGGCAAUGAUGUACCCGUCUGCCUCCAGCUUCAGCUCAUUGUAAGUGACCUCGCGG